AUGUCUACAAAGGAGUAUGAAAUUAAAGAGAUGGAACAAAUCUCGCAAUCCCCAGAGUCAGUCUACUCGGAUGCGGAUUUUCACAAGAAACAGAAGAAAGUGUUGAGGAAAAUCGAUAUCAGGAUACUCAGCUUGACUGCCAUUGCAUACAUGCUCAACCACAUUGACAGAACGAAUCUUGCUAAUGUAAGAAUCAUGAAUACAGAUGUAGAGGGUUCGUCCAUGGUCGAUCAACUUGACCUCCACGAUGGCAGAUUCGGACAUAUAAUCACAGCCUUCUACGCAGCCUACAUUGUUUUUGAGAUACCUUCCAACCUACUCCUCAAGCGAUUCGGCCCAUCGAAGCACAUUUCGAGAAUUGUUAUUGGUUGGGGAAUCGUUACCGUCUGCUCAGCAGCAGUGCAAACUUACGAAGGCAUGAUUGUAAACAGAAUCGCUCUCGCUGUGGCUGAAUCGGGGUUUUUUCCAGGCAUUCUUUAUUAUUUUACGUUUUGGUAUAAUGACGAUGAAAGAGCGUCUCGUUUUGCUUUCUUCGUCGCAUCUUCCAGUUUAUCAGGCGCUUUUUCAGGACUAUUGGCUACAGGAUGCUCUUAUUUGAACGGCUUAGGUCAUCCCGCUCUGUCCGGCUGGCGGUGGCUCAAUAUAAUUGAAGGUGUACCAACCGUUAUCGUUGGGAUAUUGAUAUACUUCCUCCUCCCAGACUACCCAGAAACUGCAAAGUUUCUCACAGAAGAGGAGCGCCAGAUUGCAGUUCAGCGCUUAGGUGAAUCUGCGACCAAGAAAGACGAGGGGAAAAUCAAUAUGUCUUCCAUCGUGGGUGUUUUAAAGCAAUGGGAUUUCUGGUUUUUUGCCUUAAUGUGGCUGCUUUUGGCCAAUGGCACCGCUGCAUUCUCAUUCUUCGCUCCUUCCAUAAUCAACGAUCUCGAUCCAGAUUUUCAGGGUGUCAAAGCACAGCUGAUCAGUAUCCCACCAUCAGUACUGGCAUUUGUACUCACCAUCACCUGCGGAUAUCUCUCCGAUCGUACUCGCAAUAGACCAGGGUUUAUCAUAUUGGGCGUGGUGCUGGUAAGCUGUGGAUACUUGAUUCUUGCAGUGGAUAAGAAGGUCGUUGGACCACGUUUACUGGCUGUUUUCCUCCUCGCGCUCGCAAACAUUGCCAUCAUACCACUAGCGGCUUUUAGACAAUCCCUUCAAAGACUACAGUCAAGUAACUCAGACAGCACUGCUGUGGGUUUUAGCGGUAGUGCUACGGUGGCCAUCGCCAAUGCGUCUGGGUUGAUUGCCCCAGCUAUCCUCGAUAGCUCACUCCGGCUCGACUACAAAUGUUACAUUCUCCUUGCACUCUUUAUAGUCGCUGGAAUCCAAGCUAUCUUCUGUUGGUGGUGGUUUGGCGCAGGUGUCGAACUCAAGAAAUCCAACAAUGAGAAGGAGGAGUCUUCCUCUUAG